CCGCCACCCCCGGCAGUUGGUCGGAGCGGCUCUGGGCUGGACGGUGAGGGGGCCGGGAGUGUCCACAGCGGCGACCCCGGACUGACACAACUCCGUGUGAGUGGACGGAAAGGGCGAAGGGCAGUAUGAGUGAAGUGGCCUGGCGAGGACGUCCCGCAGCUCGGCCGGCGGGCGGGCGGGCGGAGUGUCUCCGGGAGGUGAGGAGAUACUUGCUGUGUAAAUGAGGCAGCUGUCAUGACGUCAGCAAGCAGCGAUGCCGUUCUGACUUCCUCCUUGUAUCUUGAAACCAAGUGGAAGUUGCGUACAAUCAGGCUAUAUUUAUGAAUCACACACUCUGAGAUUUUGCCGACAGUCCUUGGAUUAUUUUUAAGUUGUGGAAGGACAUUGCUAAAAACAAGAUGCUUAUCAAGGAAUACCACAUCCCUCUUCCCAUGAGUGUUGAGGAGUAUCGUAUUGCACAACUCUACAUGAUCCAGAAAAAGAGCAGAGAAGAGACCUCUGGAGAAGGGAGUGGUGUGGAAAUCCUUGAGAACAGGCCAUAUAAUGAUGGUCCAGGUGGUUCAGGGCAGUAUACCCGUAAAGUCUACCAUAUUGGUAUGCACAUCCCCAGUUGGUUUAGGUCUAUUUUACCAAAAGCUGCAUUGCGUGUUGAAGAGGAGUCCUGGAAUGCUUACCCCUAUACCAGAACAAGAUAUACCUGUCCCUUUGUGGAGAAGUUUUCCAUUGAUAUUGAAACGUAUUAUAAACCUGAUUCAGGAGAUCAGGCCAAUGUAUUUAACCUCUCAACUGCUGAAAAAAGACUGAGGAUGAUUGAUCUGAUUGAUAUUGUCAAAGACCCCAUUCCCCCUCAUGAAUACAAAACAGAAGAGGAUCCUAAAUUGUACAAGUCUUUCAAGACAGGAAGAGGGCCUCUAUCUGAUAACUGGAUAUAUGAGUGCAAGAAUAAGCCUGGAAAAAUGCCAAUUAUGUGUGCGUACAAACUCUGUAAAGUAGAGUUUCGAUACUGGGGAAUGCAGUCCAAAAUCGAAAGAUUCAUCCAUGAUGUGGGUUUAAGAAAAGUCAUGCUGAGGGCUCACCGCCAAGCAUGGUGUUGGCAGGAUGAAUGGUAUGGCCUGACCAUGGAGGAUAUCCGGCGACUAGAGCAUGAAACACAACUCAUGUUGGCUCAGAAGAUGGCCGAAUUCAUGACUCAGUUCAACUUAAACGACAGUGAAGCCGAGCAAACUGGUCCAAAUCAAUCCUGCAGUGAAAGAGAUCUAGACAUCAACAAUUCCAUAAUCAAACCAGCACCUGAAAAUGCCACCGUGAAGGAGUAUAGUGGCUCAUUAACAGAAAAAUCACUAACCAAACAGUGGUCGACAUCAUCCAAAUCAUCACGUUCAUCAAAAAGAGGAGCCAGCCCUUCACGUCACAAUAUAGCAGACUGGCGAAUGCAAAGUAUUGCUCGAGACUCUGAUGACAGCUCUGAUGAUGAAUUCUUUGAUGCACAAGAAGACUUUUCAGACAAUGAGGAGAUCUUCCCUCAAGAAAUCACAAAAUGGAAUUCAAAUGAUCUUAUUGAUAAAAUUGGAGGGAGUUGUGAACCUGAGGAGAGCAAAAGUGACAUAUACCAAGGACAAUUAACAGAUUGUGUUCCUACCAGUGUUGAGCAGCUCGAUCAUAUUGAGGAGGGAGCAUCACAGCAGCCUUUGCAGUCCUGCAAGAUUCAUGUCCUUGUCCUCGUUCUGCAUGGUGGCAAUAUUCUGGACUCUGGCAGCGGAGACCAAACCUCCAAACAGGCUGAUGUCAACACCAUCACUUCUGUCUUUGACACGGUGAUGAGAGUGCACUUCCCUGCAGGCCUAGGCCACAUUGCAGUCAAGCUGGUUCCAUGCCCAGCCAUCUGCUCAGAAGCCUUUUCACUCAUAUCAAACCUCAGUCCCAUGAACUAUGAUGAAAGCUGUUUGUCUCACAGUCAAGAUCAUAUUCCAUUGGCUGCACUUCCUUUGUUGGCAACAUCAUCUCCUCACUACCAGGAGGCAGUUGCUACGGUGAUUUUCAGAGCAAAUCAAGUGUACAGCGAUUUUAUCAAAUCGCAAGAGGGUGUCUCCUUUAGUGGCCAGGUAUGUUUGAUUGGAGAUUGUGUUGGGGGAAUCCUGGGAUUUGAUGCACUUUGCUUCAGUAAUCAGACAGUCUCUGAGAGCCAGAACAGUAGCAGGAGAGGCAGUGUUGUGAGUGUACAGGACAAUGAUCUAUUAUCUCCUGGUAUAGUUGUGAACAACAGCUGUAUGUGCAAUGCUUCCAACCUGGAAACCAGCAGGCAUCUCAGUAGAAGCAACAUUGACAUCCCUCGAAGCAGCAUGGAUAAUCCAAAUAAACAGCUGCCAAGAAAGAGAAGUGAUUCUUCAACAUAUGAGCUUGACACAAUUAAACACCACCAGGCUUUUCUUUCAAGUUUGCAAUCUAGUGUUUUUAAGAAUGAUCCUGGGUCAAGACGAUCUAGUAGUUCAACCAUGCUGGAAGGAGUAAACCCUGGAAAGUUUGAAUUUGAAGUGACUGACUUCUUUCUGUUUGGGUCUCCCUUGGGACUGGUGCUGGCAUUGAGGAAGACCGUGAUUCCAAGCUUGGAUGUCUACCAGUUGAGACCAGCGUGUCAACAGGUUUACAAUCUCUUCCAUCCAGCGGAUCCUUCAUCUUCCCGCUUGGAGCCACUUUUGGAGAAGAAAUUCCACCUGCUCCCACCAUUUAAUGUUCCCCGGUAUCAGAGAUUCCCACUGGGUGAUGGCAGCUCUGUUCUUCUGGUUGAGACAAUCCAGAACAACCCCACCCUCAUCCUGGAAACUCCAUUUGUGACUCUCCAACGACAGGAGAGUGUAAUGGAAACUAGUAUUCCUGUUCCUGUCCUUAACUGGCAAGAUGGUUCCAGUAGGAAUCCAGCUGUUGCAGAGUCAGACGUUAUUCAGUGUCAUGCUGGUAUCCUCAUGGAAAGUUCAUCACCUUCCUCCCCCUUAACAGCCCCAAUUUUCCGGGGAUUCCGGAGGGCAAGUGAGGUCAGCAUUGCCAGUCAGGUGUCGGGAAUGGCAGACAGUUACACCGCUUCCAACAUCGCAAACAUUGCAGCAAGGUGGUGGGGAACGAAGAGGAUUGACUAUGCUCUCUACUGCCCAGAUGCUCUAACAGCUUUUCCAACUGUAGCCUUACCUCAUCUAUUUCAUGCAAGUUACUGGGAGUCAACAGAUGUUGUUUCAUUCCUACUACGACAGGUAAUGAGACAUGAAAAUGCAAGUGUUCUGGAACUGGACGGGAAAGAAGUUUCUGUAUUUAGUCCUUCAAAACCACGUGAAAAGUGGCUUCGCAAGAGGACGCAAGUUAAAAUACGGAAUGUUACAGCAAAUCACCGAGUGAGUGAUGCUAUUGUUACUGAAGAUGGUCCUCAGACACUGACUGGGAGAUUUAUGUAUGGGCCCCUGGACAUGGUCACACUGACUGGUGAAAAGGUGGACAUUCAUAUUAUGACUCAGCCUCCUGCAGGAGAGUGGGUUUAUUUUGACACAGAUAUUACAAACAACAGUGGUAGGAUUUCCUACGUCAUCCCAAAAGACAAAAGACUGGGAGUUGGUGUCUAUCCAGUAAAAAUGGUGAUUAGGGGAGAUCAUACGUCUGGAGAUAGCUAUAUUACUGUUCUACCAAAAGGAACGGAGUGUGUCGUGUUUAGUAUUGAUGGAUCAUUUGCAGCCAGUGUCUCCAUUAUGGGCAGUGAUCCCAAGGUCAGAGCUGGAGCAGUUGAUGUUGUACGACACUGGCAGGAUCUUGGCUACUUCAUUAUAUAUGUGACAGGGCGUCCCGAUAUGCAGAAGCAGAGAGUAGUGGCUUGGCUGGCUCAACAUAACUUCCCCCAUGGAAUUGUCUCCUUCUGUGAUGGACUCGUCCACGACCCCCUCAGGCACAAAGCCAAUUUUCUUCGCAGCCUUGUGCAAGAUGUGUCCAUGAAGAUCCAUGCAGCGUACGGAUCCACAAAGGAUAUUUCGGUUUACAGUUCUCUCGGCUUAUCACCAUCACAAAUCUACAUUGUAGGUCGCUCAUCUAAAAAGUACCAGCAUCAAUGUCAGUUUUUAUCAGAUGGAUAUGCAGCACAUCUAUCUCAGCUGGAGUAUAGCCAUCGAUCCGGUCCUGCUAAAAGUAAUUCCAGAAUGGUACUGCGCAAGGGCAGCUUCGGGCUACCCGGGCAGACAGACUUCCUGAGGAAACGGAACCAUUUGCUGCGCACUAUCUCCAGCCACCAAACGGCAUCCACAGUCCCAAAGCCUGAGCGGACACACAGCCAGUCUGACAGUGAGCGGGAUCGAGACAAGGAGCGCAGUCAAAGGAGCAUGAGCAUCACUGCAGGAUGCUGGGGUCGCACAGGCAUAUCAAAACUGGAAUCUGGUGUUUAACAGAAGGGGCAAGACACUGGGAAGAGAUAGCAAGACGGCUUCAGGGAAAUGGGUCAGCAUAACAAAUGAAAUAUCUGCUGCUGACAUGAGCAUUGAAGCAAGCACUGCGGGUGAAAUGGGUACCAUGGUGCUAACAAAAAGAUACGAAGAUGUAAACUCAUUGUGUUUAGUGUGAACUGCAGGCCUUAACAAUGCAGUGUUGCAUUGGGAACACUAGCUGUAAAGUUAACCUUCUCUUAGUCGUAGAGACAUAGUUCAGACUUUUAGACCCUGCUUAAUUCUGCAUCUUUUCUAUUCAGGGUUUGGCAAUGACUACUGUAAAUAUCCAUGCCUCCUCUCCACAAUAACUUAUCGUAUGUUAGUUCACUAGGUUUCUGUUGCUAACCAGACAUUUCUCAUGUUUUCUUGAAAUUCAGCAAGAACAUCAUGUAAGAUUAGCUGUUAUUUUUCAUGCAGUUUAGCUUUAUUAGCUCGAUACUGUAAAACCUCAGGUUUUGCACUGAUUAACUUUAGAUUGGAAUUCUGUUACUAUCGUUUGUCACUGCAUCAUCCCUCGUAGUGCAUGAUAGGACCUUCACAUUAAUCAGAGUAAUGUUGUGUGUGGAUUGUAAACUUGUGAGGAUUCAAUCCAAGGCAUCUUGCCAAAUUGCCUGAAAUUGCAGAUUAGAAUCAUCCACGUGGAAAUGUUAGCCAUGUUUAAGAAGAACUUGGUUUGUUGAAUGAUAAUAAGAAAUGUAGUAGCAUCCAAAGGAACAGAAUCCAUUUUUGCAGUGAUGAAAAGUGAAUUGUAAAUUAGAUCUCUUGCCAAACAUUUGAUAAAUGAAAUCAAUGUUGGUGGUUCUGUGAUGAUCUGUUUCUGUGAAUUAGUUUAAAAGUCUGUUGUCAGUUGAAUUUGCAUCACUGCUACAUGGAGGAGAUGAGAAUCUAACUCGAGCCUAGACUGUAAUUCCCAUUUGAGGCAGGAGGAAGAGUGCAGCAAACGUGACUAAAAGUGUAAUGAAAAUUCAAGUGUUGGUCUUUAGGGUUUAAAUGAUGGUUAUUUGUUAAGUGUGUGCUGACCCAGAGGGUCGGAAAUGAGUAGAUACAUUAUCUCCUAAUUACCAUGCUAGGUGGCAAUAGGUUACAGAAAGUAUUAACUGAAGGUGUGAACAUAGAUACUAUGUUGACAGUUCUUUUAAGCUUCCAUCUGUUUUAUGGAUAGUUUAAUUUUCUGUUCAUUAAAUAAGACUUUUUUUUCAUGUUCACAUCGUUACAUUAUCUUACAAGUGUGUGACAAAUACCUUGGUUUUAUGAGAACUGACUCAAGAAAGCUACUCCUAAGUACCAGUGAUACUUACAUGUAUAUGAAAUAUACAUCAAAAACGAAUGAGUUCUGCAUUGCUACAGGUUUUUAACACAGUUAGCACAAAUCAUUUGUUGAAAUCAGGUUCUUAAAUGUAGGUCAACCCAUGUGCUUCCGAUAACAAAAGCUUGAAUGAUUAGGGUUGGUGUUGUCACAUUUUGGUGUGUGAAUUAUUUCUGUUGGGGUGAGGCUUGGAGGCAGAACUGAGAACCAUUUAACCUCUGUCCAGUCUUUGAAAACACCUGACUCUCAAUUUUACUUUAAAGAAGAAGGAACUAACUUCAGUGUUCCUCACAACAAAGAUGGACUGUUUCUCUGCUCUCAUUGGCACACUACAGGUAAUGAGAUUGAAUGCAUCUUUCCAAAAAGAUCACUUUUGAAGUGAGUAAAUUCCCAAUUCCUGAUCAUUUGUCCAGAAUAUAAAUUAUUGUUGGUAUCUUUGCAGCAGUCACCAUCUGCAGACCUGCCUCUACUCUGUGCUGCUUUAAAACCAGCCUCCAGGAGGCAACUGAGUUUGAUGGAACUUUCCUUCCUAAACAUUAUAAUGUGUUGGGGAAGGAAGGGACCUAAUUGUGCGCAGGACUCAUUUGCACCAUUCUGUACUACAACACUGUGUUCUUCCAAAUCGAGCUAACUGCACGUAUUUCCACUUAAAUUAGGAACUGUUCCAGGUGGAUUAAUAAGUCAUGUUUUCCUGUUACUGAAAGGUUUGUCCAUUUGUUUAGUAUUGGAUGCUGCUGCGUAUAACCAUCCACGUUGAUCUAGUAUCUCAUUAAAAGGCAAUUGGAGCUGAGAAGAUUUUUGGCAAAUCCCAAAACGUAGCAACAAGAAAGGAAGAUAAACCAUAUAACAGAUGCACUAGAUAGGGGGAUGUUGGAAAUGUUCUAUAAUAAUAUGUGUAGAUAAUGUAAAGCAAGAUAUGUAAAUGUAGGUCUAAAUAAGGCAAGAGGUAUUUAUUUGUGUAGAUAAAUUGCAGGAGGUGACAAAUCCUUCAGAAUUUAUUAAUAUUUGAAAGUUUGAAUUUUGUUUUGAACAUUAUAUAAAAAAUUAUUUUAUGGACCAAGAAGAAUUUUACUGCCAUUGCACAAGUGCAAUAUACAACCACUAUUCAUAAUCAGUAAUCAUGGCAUUGACAAUCGGUGUAACAUAUGGACUGGAAUAAAUGUGACCUUUUGGUGACUGAAGGCUAAAACAUUCAUUCUCUUCCCUCGUUUCAGAGAUAGGUACCAGUUCCCUUGAGUUUCAGAAUAUGAACCUGACUUUUAUACAAGAAUGGAACUUACAAUGCAAUGUGGUAGAUAUGGCAACCUAAGCUGCCAAGAUGUCCCUUUCUGAGUGCAUUGCAUGCAUUUCACAUUGAGUAAUUGGUUACUUUCCCUGGAUAAUUUGAGAUGUUGAUAUUUUCAUUCUGAAUCUGUUCGACCCUUGUUUUGAAGCUGCAAAAUUCUAUUCGUCCCAAAGCUGAAGCAAGUGCCAAAUAAAAUUUUGUGUUUAUAUUUCAGUCUGAAGCAGAUAACUAUCUCAAGGCCCUGAUCAGAAUUUACUUCAUUUUCUUCACUUCCCUUCCCUCCAAGGCAGACACUGAUCUCAUGGUGUCACCAUUACAUGUAUGAUCUUUCGAGUAUUAAACAACUGGGUUCAGAAGUCUGCCCUGAGUCUCUGUUAACUGUACCAGGUAAUGAAAGUGCCCUAGCUGUGAACCCAUCAGCGAUGCAAAUUCAGAUCUCCACCAUCUCACAUACAAGAUACAAGAGGCGAUUGUAGUGUUACGAGCAGAUCAACAGCCUUUGCAUCAAUUAAGAUCAAUUGAAUUUCGCAGCACUCCCACACAAUGCAGAAACCAAUGUGUAACUCUGCGUAUUGACACAAAUUAUAACACAUAUUUUUCCACCAGAUUAUCUGAAAUAAUUCCACAUCCUAUUUAUUACGCUGAUAUUUUGAUUUGAGCCAAGUUGUAGUUGACAUCAAGGAUUAAUCACAGGAUCAGGCACUUGCUUUAAUAAUGCAGUUAGCUAUUCAGCGUUGACUGACAUUUAUUUUUGUCUCAGACUGAUUUCCUUAGAGUAAAAUCAAAUACAGCAAUCCUAUAGAAGUAGGUUUUCUGGCCAAAGCUCAGAAGAAAUCUCUCGCAAUCCUGAGCAACGCAUAAUAGACAAACACAAUGGUACAGGUUUCUAGCACUCUGUAUAACUCACUGAAGGGUCACCAAUAAAUCCAGCCACGCCCUUCACAAGCAUGUGAACACUUGGUCAUCUUGCUGCUGAAAGGUAAGACAACUUGCUGCAUUUAAGCAUUAGCUGCUGAAGCCUCACAUCACUGUUCGUGCAAAAUCCAUGGAUAUAUUGAUAACUUUGACAGUAAUUUUUUAUUCAGAAGUGUUUGUUAUAUUUUGUUUAUAGAAAUGUUACAUAUAAAUACAAGUUAAAUACACAACUGAAAACUUGAUCAAUCUGUUAAAUAGCUGAACACCCCAAAUUAACUAAAGACUAUAUUAGAUUUAAGCUGCAGAAAGCGGUCUCCAUUCCUUAGAUUUUGGUUCAUUGUGGGUAGAGAGACCUUUUACAAUCUGUUCACUUGUGUGUAAACACUCCACACUUGCACAAAUUUCUACUUCUGGCUGUUGUCAUGCAUUGUUAUGCCUAGGUGUGCUUUUGUGCGUAAUUGUAUGUUAUAUGGAUUAAAUGAAAUUGGGACAGCAUUAAA